GGAAACUAAACAGCUAUUUUUGUUUAGUUGCCCGUUGGAAGUCGUAGCGCUCGCAUCACCAACCUAUUUACAAAAUUCUCUUGGCCGCCUUGAUAACAUAAAAGACCCUCCGAUUUUUUUUAAGGUUUGGAAAAGGCGUUUAUAAUCGUUUGCUCGAAAAAUGGCAGCAAGUGCAAAUAUACUUGGCGAUGAACAUGUUGCCGUACAAAAAUUACAACCACAGGCUAAGAUUUAUGAGCGCCUGUUAAAAUUGGGCGCUUUCUACAAGCAACAAUUCGACACCGAGCCGGAGUUCUAUGUACGCGUUCCAGGACGUGUUAAUAUCAUAGGUGAGCAUGUGGACUACUGCGGUUACUCGGUGCUGCCCAUGGCCGUGGAGCAGAGCAUUAUUUUAGCCGUAGGCACGAAUCGGGAAAACGAAACGCUGCAGCUGCGUCCUCUGGAUGAGGGCAAAUUCCAGAGCUUUGAUAGCGAUCUGAAUGACCUUGACAUCAAGCUGCCCAAGACUGGAGGACCAGCCUGGUAUAACUACUACUUGUGCGGCAUUAAGGGCGUACAGGAGGAGCUGGUCAAGAAGUGGCGUCCCAUUGGCAUGCAGGUUGUCCUUAGUGGCAAUGUGCCCCUCGCCGCAGGUCUCUCCAGCUCCAGUGCGUUGGUCAGUGCCGCCGUGCUUGCUACAGCACAUGUGCAGGGAAUGCAUCUGGAUCGCAAAUUGUUAGCCUCGAUUUCGGCAAGUUGUGAGCAGUACAUUGGAACCCACAGCGGUGGCAUGGAUCAGGCCAUUGCCUAUCUGGCGAAACAAGGCUGUGCACAGCACAUUGAAUUCCAUCCCAAGCUAAAGGGCACACCUGUAACGCUUCCAGCGGGCAGUUGCUUUGUGGUAGCCAACAGUCUGGUGCAGAAGAAGAAGGCUGCCUCAUCGGACUACAAUGAGCGUGUGGUUGAAUGUCGUCUUGCUACACGUUGGCUGGCCAAGUCUCAGAAAUUGACCAAUUGGCAGGAAUUCAUAAGAUUCGUAGACCUCGAGGAGGAGUUGCGUUUGGACAAUGCAGCAUAUGCUCAAUUGAUUGAGAAGCAGUUAACCAAAUUGCUUUACACACGCGAUGAUAUCUGCGAGGCAUUGGGAAUCACAGAGCAGCAGCUGGAAAUGGAUUUCCUUACGCGCAGCACUCAGCACAUGCAGCAGUUCAAGCUACGUCAGCGAGCCUUGCAUGUUAUACAGGAAUCUGGUCGUGUAGUUAAAUUUCGUCAGAUUUGUGAGCAGCUGGAGCGACGUGCCAGCAAACAGGACAUUGAGCAGCUGGGCAAGCUCAUGCAGCAGUCGCAUCAUAGCCUAAGGGAACUCUACGAAUGCUCCCAUCCGGAUCUAGAGCGUCUCAUUGCGCUGUCCGUCAAACAGGGAGUCAGCGCCCGUGUUACGGGAGCCGGCUGGGGCGGCUGUAUUGUGGCCAUGUGCGAUUCCAUAAACGCUGCUGCGGAAUACGUUAAAGUGUUGAAGCGGGAAUACUAUGCUCAAUUGCCAGCGCAUCUCUUGGAACGCUAUCAACCAAAUGAUUUCAAUGAAGUCGUCUUUACAACGUUUCCCAGCAAUGGAGCCGAACUUUUUGUACAAUAAUCAGUUGUAUAAAUUAUCACAUUAAUACGAGUAAUUAAGCAGAAAUCUUUUAAACUGUAUAUAAGCUUAGUAAACCUUUAGUUGUCCUUUGUAGCUAA